AUGACAGAACACGAACUUAUCGAGGAUUCCGAUGAGGAAUCUCAUGAUUCUGAGGAUAUUUCGAGGGAUUACCUUAGGAUAUCACUAGUACUCUCAUUCUUAACUCAGAAGGAACUUUCGAUCAACUUGGUGGAUCCCAUUUUACCCUUUGAAGUGUCGCUUUUGAAGCUCAUCACCAGGGUUAGCGAGGGAACGAGGACUGAAAUAGAUUUAAAUUCAAUCAAGGUCACCCCUGGGAGGAUAGUCGGGGGAGAAUUCAGCUUCGAGUGCGACAAGUCGAUGCCCCUCACCUACUACCUGGAGCCGCUGGUGUUGCUCCUGCCGUUUGCCUCGAAACCGACGACCGUCACGCUAAAGUUCCCGAGUUACGGGGACAGGGGCACGAGUAAAACUGGUUCCCUGGACGACGAGUUCUUAAACACCGAGUAUUACAGCAGUCUCGAGUGCUUCUCCUCAGUCUCGACAAUUCUGUUGCAGCUCGUUGGCUGUACCUGCAACUUCAAGUACAAGGAGCCGUUCGAAGUAGUGUUCAGCUGCAGCCCCGUGAAGAAGGUGGCGCCCAUCAACUUGACGAAGUCGCCAAAGGUAAAGAGGGUGAGGGGAUCGGUGACCGUGAGGAACAUUCAGCCGAACCUGGGGAAGAGGGCCAUUAUUGGCGCCAAGAAGGUUCUGGACAUCGUGUGCGACAACUCCUUUAUAUACCUCUCGUCGCCGCCCGGCAAGUUUAAGCCGUACUUGACCAUGUCCCUUGUCGCAGAGGGCACCAACAGCUGCAUAUUCACGUCCAACCUAACUGUGUCCCUCAACGCCACCACCAGUCCUAACACAAAUACUGGUACUAAUACCAAUACCAGUACCUAUACCAGUACUAAUACCAAUAAUAAGGCCACCAAUCGCAACACUGCUACCAGCUCAUCUGGCAGUAAACCCCGCAGUAACGCUUCCGACGAGGGCCUGAUGGAAAAGUGUGAACGGAUGGGAGAGCAGUGCGCACGUCGCCUCUGCUCCGAGAUCAGCCUCGACUCAGUCGUCGACACCUGCCACGAGCACCUGUUUCUCCUCUUCAUGGCCCUGGCCGAGGACCACAGGGUCAGCCAGAUCCGACUCUCCAAACUCACGAGGUACGCAGUGCACUGCCUGCGCUUCGUCAGGACGUACCUGGGCGUCGUCUUCAAGUUCGAGGAGCUCGAGGACGAGCAUGUGCUCAUCGCCAAGUGCAUAGGCUCCAACUACCAGAACAUCAACGUCGAGUCCUUCUAA